GUUCGUGCAGCGCGCAUACAUUACACGUAUAUGAAUUGACGUGGCACGACUGUACUUCUCACGAUCUUAGACUCUGGCCAAAGUUUCUAAAUUGCUUAUUAUUACCCAAGGAAAGAAAGGAAUUUUCAAAAAUCUAGAUUGACGUGUUACCACAUACCAACUUGAAGAUGGGAUUGUAUUUUUCAAGUGCUUUCAAUAAACUUUUCGGCAGUAAAACUGUCAGAAUAUUAAUGGUUGGACUGGAUGCUGCAGGGAAAACCACAAUCCUGUACAAACUAAAGCUAGGAGAAAUUGUGACUACCAUUCCAACAAUAGGAUUUAAUGUGGAGACUGUGGAAUACAAGAACAUCAAUUUCACAGUUUGGGAUGUAGGUGGCCAGGACAAAAUCCGACCACUUUGGAGGCACUACUUCCAAAACACACAGGGUCUGAUCUUUGUUGUAGACAGUAAUGACAGAGAAAGAAUGGAUGAUGCAAAGGAAGAACUCAGCAGAUUAUUGGAUGAGCAAGACUUAAAGGACUCGGUUAUACUGGUAUUUGCCAACAAACAGGACCUCCCGCAAGCUAUGAGUAUCGGGGAUAUGACAUCUAAAUUUUCAGACUGCCUGCAAAAAAAAAACUAUUUUAUUCAGACUGCAUGUGCAACGCAGGGUACAGGACUUUACGAGGGAUUGGAUUGGCUAUCACAACAGCUCGCCAAGAAGUGAUUUCCCUGCCAUUAUCUAUAGACUUUAUUCCCCUGCAUUUAUAUUCUGCACAAUUUGGCAUGGUGUCUUGUAGUAAUAUCCUGUGUAUACUGUAAAUUCAGCAUUGUCCAGCAACCAACAGGAUCCUUUUCCAUGCGACGGUUAUGGACAUCUGGUUAAAGCUUGUCGAAUAUCAGAUUUUUUUUUCCCUGAGAAAUUUCAGGAUACCAUCACAAGACACAAGAGAUACAAAAUUCCUUUCUUGUAUGUCACAUCUUGAAGAAAUUAUAUUCAUAAGACAUUUGCUUUGAAGAUUGACAAAUUUUCCAGAUUUAUCCCUGGGAGUGUAAGGAAAUAUACCAUUACAGUAGGUAAGAAUUUCCUUCUUGUAUGUUGCAUUCUUUAAGAAACUAUUUUUAACAUUAUGUGAAUUUCUGUGACUCAACAAAAUUUAAGUCAAUGUUUAACAGUUAGUAUUAAAUUCACUUUCCAUGUCAAGGACUGUAUAGAUCUUAGAUUUUUAUCAUUUCAUCAUCAACAGUUUACCAUGAAGUCAAUUUCAGAGAUUAUAUUGUAGAAGCUUGGAUGUUUGUUGUGAAAAUUUCUGAGUCUAUGAACUUGAGAAAUUUGUUUACUCUGUCAUUGUUUCAAACCAAAGCCAAAUUAAAAAAAAACAUAGAUAGAACAACUCUUGAAUUUGUAUUUGUUAGUAGAAGAUAAUUCUGUGGAAUAUUAGCAUAUGAUAUUUAUAUGGUACUUUUCAUUCUAAUAGUCUGUGGAAUUUUCACAUUAUACUCAACAGCUGAGAAUAGGAUAACAGUGAUAUUCCAAGAGUAAGGGCCAAUAUCAUGUGAUCAAGUGGAAUAUUUCUAGCAUUCCAUGUAAUGAAGCCAUCCAAUAUAAUUAUUUAAAAAAAGGGUAAUUGAGAAAAUCAUGUCACUUAUCACAAUUAGUUAUUAUGUCCCCAAUUCAUGAAAUCAGUUUAAUCAUAAAAAUGUGACUUACAUGUAGCUCUUUAUGGCAUCAUAGUGCAAUGCUCAUUGCCCACAUUGUCUAUUUUGUGCAUUUUCACAUGCACAUUUGACAGUGCAAUAUGGUACCAUAUUGAACAGCAAGUCUUGUACAGUAGCCCAUGGGAUUUUUUGUCAGACUUUGGUGCUUUGCGCAAUACGCUCUCAUACUGCACAGGAAAUCAUGCAGACAAAAGAAAUGAUUUUGAUGCAUCGUUAACCCAAUAUAGAUAAUAAUGGCUUAUAUUUAUGUGGCACUUUUCAUGUUUGAUAUUAAAUGCAUUUAGUACCUAUUGAAAGUCCAGGUUUGCAUCCCCUCUGUGUAAAGAUUAAUGAUGAUGUCCCCACAUUUUUAUUUCCUCAAAUUGUUUAAACCAUCACACUUCAUUAUUGUCUAUGUUGAUUAAUUCUGAUAGCAAAUAUCAAACUGAUUUUUCAAAGGUUUAGGUAAUUAUGUGGGAAAGUCAUGCAUUUCUUUUUAGACAUUAGUUUGGGUAGUGAGAUAACAGCAUGAUAAACAGUGAAAUAAUGGGGAUAUUCAAGUGCUUUUACUGCUACAUUUGCAGAGAUACAUGCUCAUCCACAAUGAGUAGAAAAGGUAUGUGGAUUGACAUCAUUAUCAACUACCUUAAUCAAGUAUCACAUCCGAGAAUAUAGCCUAUAUAUAUAUAUAUCAGUCUUAUCUGAUUUUCUCCUCAUGUGUGCAGAAAAUGUGGCAGAUUAAAAUCAUAUGCCCAGAUUGACUUGCAUUUUAUGCACAUAAUUUAAUCAACGAUGAUUGAAUACAUGUUCAACACUUUUCAUUGUGCACAUUUGCACUUCUCUUAUUGAACCAACCACACAACAUGAUAUGCCAAGUUGAUGGCAUAUUUUUAUUGUGCUUGAGAUAUUAUAACUCUUCUAAGUUAGUCCAAUGGUUGGUUGAAUAUCUUGCUACUUCUGCAGCGAUAAAUGUUUGUUUUGUUAUAUUUAUUUUAUAUUUGUUGCUCUUGAGGGAGAUACCACAUGUAUUGUCCAAAUUUCAGUCAAGUCUGCGUAAGUAGACCUUUCAUGAGCUUGAUAGUUUAGUUCGGUGUAUAUAUUUCAAUCAUAAAAAUAUAAUGUACAAGAGUAACAUAUACAGCAAAUAUAGCUUGAAGAUGUGGAAGAAAAGGAGACUUAAAAGUAGGUUCGCAAAACUUUUAAGGAAUAGUCCCCAACAAUAAAUGUGACAAGAUUACUUGGUUUUACAUUUAACAAAGUUUGAAAUAAUUGCCCAUGUCGAACAUAUUGUUUGUCCUAAGAGAUUUCGGCACACUCACCCGUAAAUGAUGGUAAAGAUGGUCUUUGAAUGUGGUACUUCUCCCUGAAGUAUCAGCUAGUGGAAAUGACACAAUAUGACUUUAUUUUUCAUUUAAUUGAUCAUUAGGAAUAAUGAAUAUAUUUCAUCCCCUUUUUUCACCUCCCCCCUUCUCUGGUAGUACCAUCCCCCGGACAACAAAAAAUGAAUAUGUAUAGGGAGACAAGGAAAAUACAAAUAAUAAACUCCUCUUCUUCCUAUUGCUCAUGAAAACUACUCUCAUAGAGUUUUGUAAAUGACUGACUUAUAUCUGAUUCAAUGUUGCUGUUGUAUCUUGGGUUUUCAAAAGGCAUGUACUAUUCAGAUAUGAAUAUUUAAGAAUAUUUAUGAAUAUUUCAAGUAACCAUAUUGUAUAGACUUGAACAUAGCACUUGACAGAUUUGUUUUCUACUGUUGUACCAGUAAUUUGCUAACACUAUAUUUCUUAGGACGUUUUGUCACAUUGACCCGUGUUCCAAAGUCCAGUUUAACUUAAACAUGGUUCAAGUCUGUGCUCAAUUUAUGGGAAGCCAAUAAUGUCAAAUUUUGUUAACAUAGUAGAUUCCUUAUUUUUAUUUUUACGGUAUUAUGUCUAUGGUGAAGAGAUAUGUUUAAGUUAUUAUUCCCAGACAUUUUUUAAUGAAUGCAUUGGGCACCAAAUGUACUAAUGAAUCAAGCCUCUACUGUUAGAGGUCUAUGUCAAAGUUGGCUGUCCAUAGUUAAACCACAACUUUACACCAGAGUUGAAUUAAAUCAGAGUUCAGUAUAUGGGCCAUUGUCAUGUAGUUUUUCUUUUAAUCUAUUUUCCCAAUAAUCCUGAUGCAUUCCACCAUUUCAUAAUCUGUUUAUAUCAUUUAUUUAGUUCAUCGCAGAAGUAACGCGUACUGUAAGAAAAGGGAAGGAAUUUAAAAUAUUAGUUUGCUUAAAGUCCUAGCUUACUAGGCUUGGUAUCUGAAUGAUUUUUUUCUAUAUUUUCCUCAAUGUUUAUCACAAUAUAGGUGUAGUAUUCAUUCACUUGGUGGAAAUUUAAGCUGAAAGUUUCAUAGUUUUAGAUCAAUUUUGUUGUCUACUUUGGAGACAAAAUAUUCUCCAUCUCAAUUUGCACUUUGCUUCAAAUCAAAAUUGUAAAUAUAACAACUUGAAUAUACUGACAAUUCCCCCCCCCCCUACAUGAAAAAUUUAAGAUAUAUGUAUACAGAAUUAUUGCUUUUAAUAUACAGUAGUGAUUAUUAUGUUUUACAUGUAAGAGGAAGGAAAGUGUGAUUCUGGGUUGAUAGGAGGAAAGUUUCAAUAUAACCAUGUGCUAUUCACAUUAACUGAUAAAGGAGUUGUAAAUAGCGAAAAUCUUAGAAAUAUAUAAAUUUCCAUGUAGAUAUUUUGGCAUAUACAUGCUAAACAAUAGGUUUGAUGGGUAGAUUUUUCACUUAUGCACAGUUUUGUUUAAUUUGAUAUUUUUUUUGCCUUUCUUUUCAUGAUUUUCACUGUAAUUUUCACGAAAAAUUGUGUUUUACAUGAAAUUCUGUUAAUUCCAUGUUCUUCACGAAUUCCAUUAUUUGUUUCUGUUUUCCUCGUAUUGGAAAAUUUGGGUUUUUCAUAUUUAUUUGAAACAAAUUUGCUGCCAUGUACACAGAAUGAGGUCUCUGCUAAAAAAAUAUAAAUAAUGGCCCCAAUGGCCUUAUUAUACAGAGCUUCUUGAUGGGAGAUUUAAAAAAAAACAAUCCUAGGUAUUGUUUCCAUGUAAGUGUUCUCUUUCUUCUUUGUUAUUCUUAUUUAUUCAUUGUUUUUGUAUGUUCCAUUACAGAUAUUGUGAAAGUAAAUAAUUAUUUUACAAUGUUAGUAGUUACCUAAAAAAAGGACAUUUAGUGUGGGGCUGUAUGGGGAUUUAGUUUCUUUAUUGCAUAAUGUAUGACUCUGCCAUUGUUAAAAGAUGACAGAAAUAUUACUUGUGAUUUAGUUACACAGAUGAGAGCUACAUUGAUUACAACACUGUAUGAUAAAGAUUGAUGAAAUGAAUAAUACAAAUAUCAUGUAAA